AAUAGAAGCAGCAGACGCAGAGGAGGCCCGCGAUGCCACCACGCGGUCGGAAGGGGUGACGGAGGCAGACCGGGAGCUGCUGCGUCGUUUGCCGCGGGGGUGCCGGCACAAGCUGGGGCUGUGGCGCCGGUGGCGCACUUGCAGACACAGAAGGAGACACUUGCAGACACAGAAGGAGACACUUGCAGACACAGGCUCAUAAAGGUCAGAAGGAGACACUUGCAGACACGGUGUAGAGAAGGAGACAGACACUUGCAGACAGCAACACAGCAGCAGCAGCAGCAGCAGCAGCAGCAGCAGCAGCAGCAGCAGGAGUGCGGGGACCCGCUGGCGCAGCAAGCAGCAAACUACCUGCAGGGCUACUUGGCCGUGUACGAGUGGCUGCCGGAGGAGAAGAGGGACUUGCCGCUGCUGCCGCACGAAGUGCUGCAGUGGGCCCUUUUCCUUGUGGGGCGCGUGGGGGGUGCUGCUGCUGCUGCGCAGCUGCAGCAGCAGCAGCGGGAGGCCCUCGCGGAGGCCCCCACGCACCAGCGGGGCACUGACAAGGUCCGCGUCUUCACCGAAGACCUUCAUUCUUGGCUGACUCAAAAGGCCCACCAAAGCCCCUCGCCCUCAGUCUCCCCGACUACCAACACACCAUUCGCACUUGGAGACACCUAG